ACCUUCCCACUCUCCUUUCACCUCUUCAUCCUCCUUUCGCUUCUUUCCGACUACCUCGAGAUCAUACCGUGACUCACGCAGCUUCACCUCUUCCACGCACCCAACAUCUAGGCCGUCAUUCACCACAGCCUCGCCAGUGAAGGCACGAUACGCCGGUGAUAGCAGCUUGUGUCCAGCUUCACACCGACGACCUUCACCCAUUACAAAAGCCGUUUCUCUCUCUCCUUGUCUAUGCUCUAGUGGGCUUUCAACAUGUUCUCAACCCGCUACUCCAUCCCGGUCACCCUGACAUCAGCGACCGACCCGCAAGAUAGACGCCAUCUCAGCGUCAUCCCCGGCAAAUCAUUCAUUAUCGGUCGGGCUUCACGGACACAGCAUACGGACUUGCGUCCGGCGUGGGACAACGCCCUCUUCGACUCGCAAACGGUCUCCCGCACCCACGCGGAGUUGAAGGCCGAUCUAUCCGCUGCCUCAUCCGAUCAAGUCACCAUCAUGGACAGAGACAGCUUGCACGGCACUCAGGUGAAUGGCAGGCGUCUGGAGCGAUUCAAGCCCAUGACACUCCGGUCGGGAGAUCUACUGCACUUCGGCACGAGCGUUACUAGGGGUCACGGUACAUGCACUCCACGUGACCCUCUGCAGCCCUCGCGCUUCCCCACUGACACAUCCGCUGUAGCCACUCAUGACGGAGUCACUGUCAUCUUCGAUCGUGCCCCUUCCUCUCCCGCCGAGCCCUCCCAGACUCUCGCAGCGAAUUCCACUCAACUCAGCAAAGGCUUCCACGUCAAAGUGCCCUCUGACUCCGAAGGCGGCUCCGAUGAGGAAGACUACGCACAGUCCAUCUACGACGAAGACCUCGAGCACCUCUCUUCUGCACAUACCACUCCAGAACAAGUCAAGACCAAGCCCGGCUCUCAGCAACACCCGAUCGAUGUCGACAGAUCUGUUCCGAUGUUUCCCACCCCCCUCUACACUGGCUCUAACCACGUACUUCCUCGCACCACCGUCCAAGAUUCGAUUGACCAGCGUGCCAAAGUUCUGGUGCCAGAAUCUUAUCCAUAUCUCCCCGGCUCUUACUCACUAAUUCGGGAGAAGUUGGAGCAGACUUCAACGUCACGCAACGAUGAGACUGAAGCAGCCGGAAAUGCAUGGGAUGAGGACGUUGAGGACGAUUACUCGGAGGUCGACAACGUGCAUGGGCGUGACGAAGACCGUGUCUCGGAGGCGCACGGAUUCUCGCAAGCGGACGGUGUGCAAGAUCGCGAUGAAGAAAAUCACUCAGACGCAGAUGCGCAGCAUCGAGACUGGGACGUGCGCUCCACCAGAAGCUUCUUCGUGGACGAUACUGCUGGUGUCGACAAGAAUUCGAAUAGAGGAUACAGUGACGAGUCGGAGGAUGAGGCCCAAUUGGGUGAAGCGGCAUUCCAGGACGAAGAACCCAACUCCUACUCUGCCAAAAAGCAACAAUCUCCCGAGCUAGAGUCUUCUGUGAGAAUCGGCACGGACUCGCACAACCAUCGUCUCGACGCCGCCGCAUCGACUGGCUUGACGGACCUAUCCUUCACCCCCGAGCAGCCCUCAUCUUACAACCCUCCGGGACUCGCAUAUAAUCAAUCGUGGCCCUUUGCUCCAGCCUCGGUGCUGCCGCCUGCCAAUUCGCGAGGUGCCGAUGAGUUGGAGUAUGACAAUGUGGAUCCGGCUUUGGCAAUCGCGCGAUCAAGCAAAGCAUCGUCCAGCUCUCGAGCAAGCGGCCGCCGCAAAGACAACCUAGAGGCGUUCACCGGGGCCAUCUCGCAGUUGGUGAACGACGUCUUGGAGGAUGUCGAAGCGGAGUCUGACGAUGAGGACGAUGACCUCGCGUGGCAAAUGGUCGAAGACGCCCUAAAAAACCAAGUCGCGGCAUCAUCUUCUCCCUCACAAGAUCUAUCUGCCAGACAGAAGGGCCAAAGGGACGCGAUCAUGGAAGACGAUUUCCCUUUCGCCGAGCACAUGGAUGAGGACGACCUAGCCCUGUGUAGGAACUUGGCGGCGAUCUUCUCAGACACGCCUGCACGACCAGGGGCUCACACUGGAAGGAAACGCAAGGCGGAGGAGAUGAUUCAGGAGGAGGCUGUGACGGGUUCUCAAGCAGUGCAAAGACCACCGGCUCGUCGCAGACGUAUCGACACACCCGCUGGCCACAGCGUUGUCGGCAAUGUGGCCAAGUACGCUGCUGCUGCCGCGGUGGGAGGGUUGGGCGCGUUCGCUUUCCUCCUCAGCCCGCUAUCACUGAAGUUCAUCGAUUGGCUUCAGCCGGCUUGAACAUCAAUCACCGCGAGCGAAAAGGGGAAGGGAGGAAGAGGAGAGCCAGCCAUCACAGUGAUAUUUGGCGUUGAAGGAAGGGUAUGAAUUGGAGCAGCCACGGUGUUUGAGACGGUAUUCCGGGACGAUGCGAUGGAGACUUUCAACUCAAUAGGCUACUUUCACACGUCGGCGCUCGAGUUGGAAGGAAGGCUUUACGGGGAAUAGGCAAAUCGUGUAGGCGUAUCUUCGCGAAAUCGGCCCAUACGUAUCUUGAAAUCAUUGAAGAAUAUGC